AUGGCCAUCUGUCGCCAAUUCGGUCUACAACUACGCCGCACGGCGCGCAAGGUCAACACCGGGAAUGUAUACCUUGCUCAGCCUCGGAGAUUCAUCAGCCACUCAACCGGUCUGCGCAAAAUCGGAGAGACAUCUACGCUCCGUCGAUCCUCGGUCGGGUCAGGGAAAGACUUCAGUUCGGAGUUGCGAACGUGGAAAUUGUCCCAGCGGGCGUUCUCUGCGACGACGCAUGCUGCCCACGGGCAUAUCACGCCGCCAAAGCCUGGCGAGGAGAUCAAUGUCACAUUCAUUGACAAAGAUGGUACCAAGGUGGAGUUGCAAGUAUCUGAGGGCGACAAUCUGUUGGACAUUGCUCAAGCCAACGAUCUUGAGAUGGAGGGGGCAUGCGGCGGCUCUUGCGCCUGUUCAACCUGCCAUGUGAUUGUGGAGGAUCCGGACAUGUUCGACAAGAUGGAGGAACCUUCAGAUGAUGAAAACGAUAUGCUAGACUUGGCAUUUGGUCUGACCGAGACCUCGCGACUAGGCUGCCAAGUGAUUAUGAGCAAAGACCUGGACGGCCUGGUCGUGCGUUUGCCUUCAAUGACUCGGAAUCUCCAGGCCAGCGAUUUCCAGUCCAAGUGA